GAGAAAUGGAACGAGAGAGGGAAAGGGAAGGAGGGGUGAGCGGAUGAGACAGCAGCAGCGCAUGAGCGAGAGAGAGAGAGAGGCGGCAUCACCCAGACAGACAGAGAGGGAGAAGGAGAGGAUAGACAGCGGGCUCGUCUCUCCCUCAGACAGAGCUGGAAGGAAAGCAAAGGGGAAUGAGAGAGCGAAGCAAGAGGAGGAGAGGAAGACAAUGAAGGAGUGCCGUUGUUCAGCCCUGCCGUUCUGCUGUUUCACAUUCAACUGAGACGGAGAAGAGAGGAGGAGGACAAGCUGAGGAGAGGAUAGAUGGAGAGGAUAUGAGAUCUGGCAAUGACUUAGUGAUUUAAACGAGUGGAAGAGAGGAGAGAGCGAGGGUGUUUAAACAUGAAUAUGGUUCUGAUGUGAAUAUGGAGCUCUGUUAAUACCAUGCUACGGAUAAUCACCUCUACUCUGUCUAACCCAAAAUAAGGAACAAUUGUUUUAAAUUUUUCAUUCACUCUUGAAGCAAAGGAAGAGUUCUCAAGAAUUUAUUCACAACUCAAAGCAAAAAAAUAACAUUUUUUGUAGUAAAAUAAACAAUUAUAGGUGGAAAAAAACCUGCUCUGCAGAUUAUUAUACAAUCACCACCUUUGUCGUUACUUACCUAACAGUUAGGACUGUACAGGAAAACAUUCAGGUUGUUGUUAUGCAAUUAUUUUCUAAAGUGUUAGCUUUUGUGAUUUAGUUGAAUUGAUAUUAAUAUUGACUAUCAUAUAUGAAAGUAUUUCAUCCUCUGAAGCAAUAUAUGUUGUGUUAAUCCAUGUGUCCUAGCCAGAUUCUGGAAUCAGCCAGGUUGGGAUGUCAACAUUGAUUUGGUUUUAUGGCCAGUGCGACGUGGGCCAAACUUUGAUCAUUUCCUGAGUGGUAUUGAUCCCUCCAAGAGUCUCUGGCUGGCCGACCGGCUGUGGUUUCUAUAGUUAGAUGUUAAAGACCGUAAUGGGUCAGUCUCAGCUCUGCUUAGCUGCUCCUGGGCUCUGAUUUGUGGAAGCAGUCUGUUAUCUCGCUGUCUGAGAUGUUUCUGCCGCUGUCAGGAUUUCUCAAUAUAGAUCCUGAGCAGGCUUCUCUUUUAAUGUAUGUUGCCACGGCAACUUGCAUCCGCUGCAGUCGGAGACAGACUGAGAUGCAAAGUUAUUUUGAGUCUUUUUCUCUUUUUUUAAAUACUGGUGCUGUUCUUUCUAUACGUUUCUGUCUAGGGUGGUGAUAACCCGGAGAAACAGUCCAGACAGGACCAGACUACUGGUGGGGUGGUGAUAACCAGGAGAAACAGUCCAGACAGGACCAGACUACUGGUGGGGUGGUGAUAUAACCAGGAGAAACAGUCCAGACAGAACCAGACUACUGGUGGGGUGGUGAUGACCAGAAGAAACAGUCCAGACAGGACCAGACUACUGGUGGGGUGCUGAUAACCAGGAUAACCAGUCCAGACAGGACCAGACUACUGGUGGGGUGGUGAUGACCAGGAGAAACAGUCCAGACAGGACCAGACUACUGGUGGGGUGGUGAUAACCAGGAGAAACAGUCCAGACAGGACCAGACUACUGGUGGGGUGGUGAUAACCAGGAGAAACAGUCCAGACAGGACCAGACUACUGGUGGGGUGGUGAUAACCAGGAGAAACAGUCCAGACAGGACCAGACUACUGGUGGGGUGGUGACGACCAGGCGAAACAGUCCAGACAGGACCAGACUACUGGUGGGGUGGUGAUAAUAAGGAGAAACAGUCUAGACUACUGGUGGGGUGUUAGUGUGUAGAACCUCUAGUGUGUAGAACCUAUUUAUGUAAAUGUAGGCUCUGUCUAGAAUUCUAGACUGAAUUUGAUGCAGUGUUCUUGCUGGUUUGCCAUGAGGUAUAUCUCUCGUUCUCUCUCUUCAACUUCUGCCGUGCCAUCUUUGCUGGUAACUAGCGUCCUGACCGGGACAGGUGGUAUACCAAGCCGAUGUCAGAAAUGACUCAUCUGGAUUAUAAUCAGAUAAUUCUACAUGUGGACAUAUCAUUCACUUUGUACAGCUGUGGAACUGUGUAGUCUUAACUGGUAUCAUCAACUGUGUUGUUUAUGUGUUAGUGUAGUGGUGACUUUCUCUACUUGUGUGUGUUUUCUAUCUGUGUGUAGGAGAAUCAGGACAUCUCUUCAGGUAGAGGACGCUAUACUCAGCACUCGUCUGACCUACACUGUGUUUUAUUCUGUGCACUAACAUCUGGCAGGGCGAGGGUUAAACCUGCUGUACUAGCAUUUACUAGUGUUAACCUAUGUUUGUGACAUCUCGUCACUGUUAGCGACUGGUUCUGUCUGUUGCUAGCGUUGCAUUGCGUUCAAUUGUGAAACGCUAGCAACUCUAUACGUUCAUCUGUGUUGACAUUUAUAUUUUAGUCAUUUAGUAGACACUCUUUUCCAGAGCGAGUUAGAGUUGUGAGUGCAUACUUGUUCUUACUGGUCCCCUGUAGGAAUCGAACCCACAACCCUGGCAUUGCAAGCCUAAUGCUCCACCAGGUGAGCCACACGGGACACGUUGUCUACAGCCACUAAUUGACCUUCCACUGGUAGUGCUACAGCACUAGGACAAAGAGACAUUUAGAGCAUAGACUAUAAUGGAACACUUUUGUAAUUAUGCGAAGACAGUUAGGCUGUGCUAAGAGCCUGCCGUAGGCUGUCGUAAGACCUUAAUAGCCCCUACAUAGCACUUCAUAGCUAAUCCCAGUCUGUAUCCUGAUGUGUUCUAGUGCUCUCUGUCUGGGAGGAGACGUUAGCUAGCGAGUGCUGUGGAAGGCUCUGUAGACAGACCCUCUGGUGCUAGACUGGUGUGAUCUAGCGAGCGUCCCUCUGUCUGUUGCUAGCUGGUAGCCCUCUGCUUCCAAACAUACAGGGCUUUAGCCAUUAGCGCUUGUUGUUGAAAGUCAACUUUCUCUGGUAUCAUUGUGUAACUCUUGGUGCCAAAUUGUCAAUCUGUUACAAAGGUUUAUCUCAGUGGGUCAAACCUGGCAGAGUAAUGGUUAGAACAUGUGUAAAGUGCUGGAAACAACAUUGAUAUGUGAGCUGACAAGCCCAUGGAGUUAUAUGCCAGGUUCAACCUCCACUAUUCAGUCCUGUGAGCUGACAAGCCCCUGGAGUUAUAUUCCAGGUUCAACCUCCACUAUUCAGUCCUGUGAGCUGACAAGCCCCUGGAGUUAUAUGCCAGGUUCAACCUCCACUAUUCAGUCCUGUGAGCUGACAAGCCCCUGGAGUUAUAUUCCAGGUUCAACCUCCACUAUUCAGUCCUGUGAGCUGACAAGCCCCUGGAGUUAUAUUCCAGGUUCAACCUCCACUAUUCAGUCCUGUGAGCUGACAAGCCCCUGGAGUUAUAUGCCAGGUUCAACCUCCACUAUUCAGUCCUAUGAGCUGACAAGCCCCUGGAGUUAUAUGCCAGGUUCAACCUCCACUAUUCAGUCCUGUGAGCUGUGUCUUGUGGCUGGAGACUGUUCAUGUUAGACAUCUUUAGUUUUCUCUUUGGAUGGACUAUGCAGAUUGUUCGGACUGUAGUUAGCUCAGUGUUUCUAGUUAGGUUAGUACUGGACCGUACUGUGCAGUGUUAAGAAAUACACAUGCUUCUCCCAGGUAACUGACUAUUGGCUUGGCUUGUUUAAACAAGACUGUUUCUGUGGAAUCGAUAAGGAGAGAGAGAGAGGGGAGGGAGGUUUAAUUAAGUGUAAUGACUGGGUGAGGGAGUUCUCUAACAAGCCUCCAGUACCAUUCAGGUCUCAUUAUCAUCAAAACAAUCCCACCAAUGGUGUCAUCAGCCAAUGACCUACAUUCUCUCUUGUUACAUCACCACUGUGUGUGUCACUGUUUCUGUAACCAGAAAGAGGCAACUUCUCCAACUCUAGCACUUCUGAUGCUAUGGUGCUCCAGAACGUAUCCACUCUAACCAGGGCAGCAAUGUUCUAGAACAGCUCUACCUACAGUUUUAGCCAUAUCAGAAACUUCAGUCAGGGACAAGCCCAGCAUCUGGUGCUUUCUUAUCUAUCAGUCUUUUUCUUAUCUAGUGGUGUCUGUUACUAGGUUAUGUGCAUUGUAUAGACUCUGGCUGUAGUUACAGAGUGAGUGUGGAGAGAGACAGACAAUCUUUGAAGUAGAGGGACUGUUUAAGAGGACAGUCUGGAGAACGGGAAAGGAGACGAGGGAGGGGGGGAGGGGGAGCGAGAAAUAAUUUGGAAGAGAAGGCAGGAAGUGGUGGAGCGAGAGAAGGAGGAAGUGCAGCGGCUACUGAGGGAGGCACAGAAAACAGUGUGGAGGAGGAGAGAGGGAUUCCAGGAGAGGAUAGGAGAGGACAAGCUGAGGGGAGAGAGAAGCGCAGAGAGAGGGAGAGAGACUGUACAGGAGGUGAUCUGGAGGAAGAGAGAGGAAGAGGGGGAGAAAGCCAAGGCCAUCCAGAGAGGACACGAGACCAUCUGGAGGAAGAGAGAGAGGGAGUGAGGAAAAGGGAGAGGGAGUGUGUAAGGAAGAGGGAGUGAAAGAGUACAGAGGAGGAAGAGUUAAAUUACUUAGGAGUAUUCUCCAGCAGCCUUGGAACCUGAAAAACAAAGCUGCUCACAGGAGAGAAAGAGGGAUAAAGAGAGAGGAAUAAAAAGCAGGAGGGAUAGAGAGAUUUUCCCUGCCAGAAUUGGUGUCUGGCCAUAGAUCAGCAGGUCUUAACAGAACUUUGCUAUAUUAAACUCUGCAGAUAAUCUUACUCUGUUGUAUCAACCCGUGUGUGUGUGUGUCCCUUCUGAUCUACUCAUUGGCAGCUGAUAGGGUUUUUAUGGGCCCGUGUCAGGCAAGAGAGGCUAGUGAGCUACUGCCCCUCACACACUCUGUGCCAUUUACAGGCAGUAGAGUAGUUUUCUACUCCAACACAUGCUAACAGGCACAUGAGGGUAGGCCCCUUGAUGCAGUAACUCAUACCACCUGAGUGUCUGUGUCAAUAGACAAUCACAUUCUGAGGUUGUAUGUGGAAUCUCCAUGGUGCUCAAAGAUGAACAACUGGACUUUACUGCCAUGCUACGUUAGUUGACAUGCUGAUGUGCUCAAACAGCAUUUUUCAGAACAGGUGCUACAUACUUGAUCACAAAAAUCCUUUUUGAUUCUGUCUAUUGGAAAGUGGCAUUCAUUUCUGUGGAUUGAAAGUCAUAAAAUGUUGUAAGACUGAUAGUGUAGACACCAAACAACUGAGUAUCACUCCAUCAGUGUGCUGGGUUAGACUCUUAGAGAGUGAUACCCUCUGAUCUUCAAUCGCUCCUCUUGCUGCUCUCCUCUGUCUUGUAGAUGGUGUUUCUUGCGCAGUGUCUGCUGCACUGCCUGAUAAUGACGGGAGGAUAUAAAACGGGGCGGACGGAUGGACAACGGUCACUUAGAGGGAAAGAAAGACCAGUGUGUUUUUGAGCGAGCGACUGAUAACACAGAGAAGGAGAGAAUGAACCACCGUUGUUGUUUAGACUGAAUCACACCAGUGUGUGUGGACUUGUUAGAGAAACACUGAAAUGACAUUGAACAUCUCAGAUCCAUGAUGGAGCUGGUCCCUAAAACUAAGUACACUCACUUCCGGAGUGAAUCUCUCAGUUCGAAUGACGAUACCAACUCCAACCCUUUCUCCCUCACCCCUUCCACCCCCGCAACCCCCCUCACCCCUCCUGGGCUACCCUCCUCCCUCUCCUCCUCCUCUCUCACCCCCAUCCUCCCCCCUUCCUCCCCCCGCCGGGCCGAGAACAGCCCCACCACGCUCUGUUCCUUCUUCCCCAGGAUGGGAGCCCUUCGCCUGGGCAUCUCUGCUACUCUACUCCCAGGCCUCAAGGUCUCCAGCAGGCCUCAGCGGGCUCAAGCCCCCAUGGGGUCUUCAGGGGGUAACAGUUCCAGCUCUCCCACUCCUCACCCCCCUCCCUGUCUAACAGCCCCCUCUCCCCCCCAUCGCCCCCCUCUGCAGGAUAUGAACCGGCUGGGUGGGGCGUCCAGGAGGGCGCGGGUGGAGGGGGGGCAGCUGGGGGGAGAUGAGUGGACACGCCACGGUUCCUUCGUCAACAAGCCCACCAGAGGAUGGCUACACUCAGACCAUGUGGUCAGCACCACUGGGGUCGCCUACUCAGUACGGUAUAUGGGCUGUGUGGAGGUGCUACAGUCUAUGAGGGCGCUGGACUUCAACACCAGAACUCAGGUCACCAGAGAGGCUAUCUCAGUGGUGUGUGAGGCAGUGCCUGGAGCCAAAGGAGCCCAACGCAAGAGAAAGCCGUCGUCUCGCUGUAUGACGUCCAUUCUGGGGAAACGUAACCUGCAGUUUGCUGGGAUGACCAUCAGCCUGACGGUCUCUACCAGCAGCCUCAACCUGCUGGCCUCCGACUGCAAACAGAUAAUUGCAAAUCAUCACAUGCAGUCCAUCUCUUUCGCUUCUGGAGGAGACCCAGACACAGCAGAGUAUGUAGCAUACGUGGCCAAAGACCCAGUCAACCAGAGAGCGUGUCAUAUCCUGGAGUGUUCGGAGGGCUUGGCCCAGGAAGUCAUCAGUACGAUAGGGCAGGCCUUCGAACUACGCUUCAAACAGUACCUGAAGAACCCCCCCAAACUGGUCACCCCCCAUGACAGGAUGGCUCCGUUUGAUGGCUCAGCGUGGGAGGAAGAGGAAGAUGAGGGAGCACCGCCCCCUGCAGAUGUUCCGUACUAUAAUAACUUCCCCGGGAAACAACCUCCUCCUGGGGGACUGGUGGACAUGAGGGCCCGCCCUGUGGCUACGCUGCCCUAUGGACAGCCGGGUCAGAAUGAUAUUCACAAGCAGCCGCUUCCCCCUCUACCAAUGGGAGCAAAGGAGGGAGGGCGGGACCUGUGUGAUGACCCCUCAUACGUCAAUGUGGAUAAACCCCGCCCCGCAACAGCUGCAGCCAAUGGCAAUGCUCACAGAGAUGCGUUCGACAUGAAGCCGUUUGAUGAUUCCCUGGGUGUAUCAGGUCUGGGGGUCUCAGCGGCGCCCCCUCUGGUGGAACAGCUGCAGUGCGAGGCCUGGUUCCACGGCAGCCUGAGUCGCAGGCAGGCUGAGAGACUGCUGACCCGUGACGGAGACUUCCUGGUCCGAGAGUCAGGCACCACCCCUGGACAGUACGUCCUCACUGGACAACAGGGGGGUCAGCCCAAACACCUACUACUGGUCGACCCAGAGGGAGUGGUACGUACCAAAGACCACCACUUUGAGAGUGUGAGCCACCUGAUCAGUUACCACAUGGACAACAGACUGCCCAUCGUAUCAGCAGGCAGUGAGGUGUGUCUGCAACAACCAGUGGAGCACGGGGCCUGAACACACACACACAGCAAUGCAACACACACACACACACUCUCAGAAACACUACACACAUAAGCAGUGCUGCCAACAUUAAGGAAAGACAAAAAAACACCUCUAACUCUUUCUGCCAAAAUCAUUUGCACUCUGCUUUUCCUCACACCCUUCUCUCCUCCUGGACGACUCACUGUUACCUCCGUGAUCCCUCCUUCUGUUCAUCCUUCCGUCAUCGAGGUCCACUCCCUCCAUCCCUCCAAAGAACGUGGGAGUAACACCUAGGAACACUUUAUUUUCCUUCUAAUCGGGACAGAAAUUAAUACAAUUUAGUAAAAAACUGAGCAUUAUUAAUUAAAUCAUGCCAUUGUAUCAUUCAGAAAUGACUCUAUCAUAGUAAAGGAGGACUAUGCACCUUGGAGGGGAGGAGUGAAACGUAGAGAAAGGAAUGGAGGGAUGGGGGGAGAGGUCUUGAUCCAGACAUGGCAGAGGAAACAGUUUCUCUCACUGUCACAGAAGCACUCCAAAGACUUGUCUGAUGAUUGGACUCGUCAGAGAGCUCAGACAUGGAUCCUCCAAUCAAACAUCAGUGGAACACAUGAAUAACCAAUCAUGACUGAGAUCAGGCCUCCUGUUAAUAUGCAUUGACAUUUUUGUGUCCACACCAAUCAGGGCCCUCGCUUACCAUCAAGCCACUUCCAUUAAAAUACCUUUCAUCUUUGACCAUUGACCCUGAGUGAUACCUGGUGAUGUCAAGGAGGACGUCUCUGUAUGCAAAAAGGGGGUUGCUAUACCAACAACCAUUGUCUCCGUCUGUCCAAAUAUGGACAAGGUUUCUUUCCGGCCUCCGAAGGUGGAGUUUGAUAAAAGGAUGUCCGACAUCCGCCUGUCUGUCUGCAUGGGACUGGUCUCCCUGUCUGUCUGCACGGGACUGGUCUCCCUGUCUGUCUGCAUGGGACUGGUCUUACCUGUCUGUCUGCAUGGGACUGGUCUUACCUUUCUGUCCUGUUCAUGACAAAGAAAGUGGACUUGGUUGGACUGGGGCAGCAGAAACCAUGGAGAUGACUCCUACACCAACAUACAGUGUGCUAGUCUGUAUCUGUCAUGUGUACUUUCAUUGGGAGUAUAGUGUCUUUACAUAGAGAGGGAUGGAGAGAAGACUAGGAAGGGGCAGGAGGCCGGGGGGAGGUUCCACAUCUAGAGAUGUCAUCAGACCUAGACACGAUGUCAUCUGAAAGAGCUCAAAACCAAUUCUACGACGUUGUCACAGUUAACCCAAAUGCGGCUGUCACAAUUUAAUCGGUGCUGUGUUGGAAUCAUAGUUCGGAUUAAUGCCAAUAUUUUCUUGCUUUUCAAUGGAUUUGUUGUUAAUAUCUGCUUGCCUUGACAAUCUAUGGCCAUGUCUCUGUCUGGACGGGUGGGGGGUGGAGAGGUUGGGGGGCAUACUGGAUGAAGUGUGUUUAAUGCCGAAAGCGUUCGUUCCAGAGCAUUCAAAGCAUAGAUUUUAUCUCCUCCCCAAAUGUGCUGCAACACUUGGUCAGGAGAUUAGCUUUUAGCGUUAGCAUUAGCGUAAGCAUUAGUGUGUGAUGUGUGUCUUGUCAGCUCACUGCAGGGAAAACUGCAGUGUUGUUCACAACAAAAUCUGGGAGCUUCGCGAACGUUGGUCAGACAUUGGACUUUGACGUGUUGUUUUCCUUGGAAUUAGAAGAUGGUAGAGGGAGAGAACGUGGAGGAAUCAUCCUCUCCCUCCUUCUCUUCAUGAUAUGUUUUGUAUCUUUUACUCGUGCCUUGUUUCUUCGAUGCAGUCACCUCACUCCAGUGCAGUCUGUCACCUAAUGUACUGUGCUUAUUGUACAGUCAGUUGAUGUACUUAAUCCAAAUGUAGUGGACCGUUGGAUCCUGUCACAUGGUCUCUCAGUCCAUCAAAGACUCUGCAAAAAGGACACUGACUCUCACCACCCAGGUCCAGUGAUGCCAAUCCGCUCCUCUAUUGCACAUUCAUUCUUACUUCCUGUUGUCACUUGUUGUUGUCACGGUUGCUUGAUGUCGCAGCUCUCACUGGAGGGAUUUCCACUCCACCUGUAAAUAACAUCAGAUCUGAUUGGUUGGUUUGAGUUCUUGGUUCUGAAAUGAAAGUCUUUAUUGUUUAGAUGUUAUUAAUAACAUGGGUGGGACAGAACCAGAUACUGUAUUUCACAUGUAAUACCCACAGAAUACUUUUCUCUCUGAAUCCAAUUCAUUUUGAUUCUAGCCAAUGAACCAUGUCCAGGUUUUUGAGGGAGGCUGAAACCAAACUGUAAACGUGGAAGUGAAGCGUAAACUGGGAUCUGCCACCUGCUGUACAAAAUAUUUCUGUCUCAUCAGUAGGGUUGCAAAAUCCUGUGGUUUUCCAGAAAUCCUGGUUGGAGGGAGGAUUCACGGAAUUCCUGUUUAUUCGCUCGUGUAAUUCUAGGAUUAUUUUAACCAGGAUUUCUGGGAAACUGGGGAAUUUGGGGAAAGUUAUCUGAAUUUUGCAACUCUAGUCAUGAGAAAGGGCUCUUUGAGCCUGGACAGGUAAUUGUUUUAUUCAUCUUUCUCAUCGUGCUUGUGUGUGUGUUGUGAGAGAGGAUGUGUGGAUGAUCAGAGUUUAUGGUUGGGAGUGUAGUUCUUACAUGGUGGCACUUGUGCUCUGUGUGUGAGGUCUUUGCUUCAUUCUGUCACAAACACACAGACUGUUAGACACAGACUGUUUAAGUGACUAUAGGUCCUGGAUAGGCAACAAGAAAACAAGUAUACAAGCCCCAAGAUGUGUGUGUAAAAGGAAUCAUCUAUCCUCUACAUAAUUUGUGAAACAUUCUAGCGUUGUCAUUGUUCAUCACAGUUGCCUUUGUUGCAUGGAAAUCAUUUUUUAAAGUUUCUAUAUUGUUGUUUUGAUGUACUUUUUAAUUUGAGUUUUGAAAGCCAAAGGGUUAUUUUCAAUUAGCCUUCACAAAUAUAUUGAUUUAAUUUUUUACUUUUUACAGUUCUGUUGUAAUGCUCUUGUUCUUUUGGGGGAAAAUACAUCUGUUUACACCUGUACCUGAAAUCACAGAUGGCAUAUAAAUGCAUAUGUCAUGAAUCUUUCUUGGUGAGUUUGGCUUUAAAAUGCAGUUUCUGGAUUUACACUUUGGUCUCCUGUGAUGUGUUUUCUUAAAUGUUGAUUCAUAACUAUUAAAUAGAACAUAUCCCCUUUA